AUGGCGUCUACCAAUCUUAUUGUCGACAUCUCCGGUGCCAACCCGGAGAUAGUCCUCCUUGUUGCACACUACGACACCAUUGGAGCGGACAAGGGGUCUGAAGGAGCCACCGACAAUGGAGCGGGAACCUCGGGGCUGCUGGCCCUAGCACAAGCUCUGACAACGGCCGAGACCAUUCCUUACUCCAUCCGAUUGUUAUGGACUGGUGCGGAGGAGAAUGGUCUGAACGGCGCGCUAGACUAUGUUGCCCAGGGGCUAACUAAUGGCGCAUUGGACAAUGUCAAAGCCGUUAUCAAUUUCGACACCGUUGGCGGAGGCGACUUCCUGUAUGUUCACUCGGCACAUGAGGACUAUUCGGAAUACGAGAGCAGAUGCAAAAAACUGGGCCUAACCAACGAGACCUACAACUUCGAUCCAAUCGUUCGCGAUCAGUUGCUGCAAGCUUCGGAGAAUACGGAAGGUAUUGAGCACGUCUUUAUCAUCCACCCCGACUUCCCAGGCUAUCCCACCGGCCAGACUGGUUCGUGGUCAGACCACUCGCCGUUUGCGUGUGCCGGAAUUCCCAUUGGAUAUGUUGAGACGACAAACUUCAACAUUGACGGACAAUCUCACUACGAUGGAUACUCCCAGACUGUCAACCCAAUGAUGUGGGACUGUUUCAAUGAGACCACUGUGAGUGCGUGCAACCGCACCAGCGAGACCAAGUGGGGCAAGAUAUGGCACACGGAAUUUGAUCGUCUUGAUGUCCUCGAAGAGGCCUUCCCGGGCCGUGUACAGGAGCAGUUGGGAGACACUGUUGACUCAGUGUUGACGUUUCUGAUAAACGGCACAUUCAUGGACAGCAUUGUGGCGUCGCCAUUGAGUGCUACCAAUGGUAUUGAUGGUACUACAGCCGCCACUGAAGGCUCCUACGAUAUCGUGGCCUAUGCAUACCUCACUGCCUUGACUGAUGAGGCCAAUGAAGGCUUGGGCGCACGCGUAACAAACACGGAGCAGGAGGUAGCCGCUAAGGAAUUCCUGACAUCCACACUAACUGAUCUGGGCUAUGAAGUCUUGGCCAUACAAGCUAAGUUAUUGCCUGUCUUGCCUCGCUUUGCUGCAGUCACUGCUGUGGACUUUACGUACAACAAGACAACUGAUGACGUUACAACCACCAUGGCGUCUACCAAUCUUAUUGUUGACAUCCCCGGUGCGAACCCGGAGAUAGUCCUCCUUGUUGCACACUACGACACCACCGGCGCGGACAAGGGCUCGGAAGGUGCCACGGACAACCAUGUAGAUCACAACGAUGCUCUCUUAGUCAAACUACAAAUCAACGUAUCAGAUAUUCAAGACGGGUUCUACCUCACGAUUGUGCUCAUUCCCGUACUCAUACCUCAUUCCGCUGUGGUUGAUAUCUUCAGUGGUGCCGGAUCCGCCGGUCUCUUGACCUUAGCCCAGGCUGUGAAGGCCACAGCAAGCAUCCCCUACACCAUUCGUCUACUAUGGACUGGUGCGGAGGAGAAUGGCCUCAACGGCGCACUAGACUAUGUGGCUUCAGGACUCACCAAUGGUGAUUUGGACAACGUUAAAGCCGUGAUUAACUUCGACACGGUUGGCGGAGGUGACUUUUUGUAUGUGCACUCGGCGCAUGAAGACUAUUCGGAAUACGAGUCCAGAUGUGCAAAGCUAGGAUUGACCAAUGCGACCUAUACUUUCGACCCAAUCGUUCGCGACCAAUUACUUGAAGCUUCCGCAAGUACUGAGAGCGUUGAGCAUAUAUUCAUCAUCCACCCCGACUUCCCAGGCUAUCCCAUGGGUCAGACUGGUUCGUGGUCAGACCACUCGCCGUUUGCUUGCGCCGGGAUUCCCAUUGGAUAUGUUGAGACGACAAACUUCAACAUUGACGGACUAUCUCACUACGAUGGAUACUCCCAGACUGUCAACCCAAUGAUGUGGGACUGUUUCAAUGAGACCACUGUCAGUGCGUGCAACCGCACCAGCGAGACCAAGUGGGGCAAGAUAUGGCACACGGAAUUUGAUCGCCUGGAUGUGCUCGAAGAGGCGUUUCCCGGUAGAGUGCAGGAACAGCUUGGGGACACCGUGGACUCGGUUAUCACUUUCCUCACUGGCGACUUCAUGGACGCAGUUGUAGCUGCGGAGGUAUCGAAGAAUACUGUGGUAGCGGAUACUAGCAUGGACACUGCAAGCGAAGCAGAGGUCGAUACCGACUUUGCCAGUGCAACUGAUAUUGACGCUGUCACCGACAAUGUGGAGAGCACUGCUGUUGUGGACACUGACGCUGCAGAUGACACCGACAUGCCGGCCGCUACUGACACUGACGCUGUCACCGACCUUGUGGUCGACACUGACGCUGCAGAUGACACUGAUCCGGUGAUUGAUACCAUCCCGGUCGCUACUGACACUGAGACUGCCGCUAUCCCGGAUGUCGAAAGCGAAGAGGAUGCCGAUACGACUGCGGAAGCCAAUACUGGUGAGCCAGCAGACACCGAAGGUGGAGAUAGUGGCGGUCUCAGCACCGGAGGUAUUAUUGGUAUAAUAGCUGCGGUGCUCGUUGUAGGAGGCGGAGCUGCUGUCUUCUUUAUAUACAGGAAGAAGCAGAAGAGAUCGUACACCACUGAAAGUACUACUAAUCUUUAA